ACAAUUAUCAAAUAAUCAAGUUUCUGUCUACAUCCUAAUCGGCGCGAAUUUCAAGGUUCCGUGUAAGCAAUGUCAGUUGGCAUCCCGAUUAAAGUGCUACAUGAUGCCGAGGGGCAUGUUGUUACCCUAGAAACUGUUAGCGGUGAAGUUUUUCGUGGGAAACUUGUUGAAGCGGAAGAUAAUAUGAAUGUUCAUAUGUGCGAACUAAUAAUGACGGCUCGUGAUGGACGUACGUCAAACCUUCAGCAAGUAUAUAUUCGAGGCAGUAAAAUUCGUUUUCUUAUCCUUCCUGACAUGUUGAAAAACUCCCCUAUGUUGAAGCGUCCACAAGGUGCGAAAGGACUAGGUACAGGAAGAGGAAAGAAUGCUAUGUUAAGAGCUGGUGUUCGAGGGCGUGGGACUUUUGUUCGUGGGCGUGUUUCUACUGUUCGUGGUACUGGACGAACUACUGGCAGAUUUUAAUAACUAUAAUGUUAUCAAGUGAUUGAGUUUGUAUUUGUAUCAAAAUAUUAAUAUAUAUAUAUACAUCAUUCUACAUGUUUGUUUCCCAUACCUCAAUAUGAAAAGUCGAAUUUGUUUACUGUUAAUUGGUAGAAGAAAGUUCAAAUCGCUCAAAUGACUACCGGGCCCAUCGCUAUCUAAUAUGUCCACGUACAACAGCGUACAAUUAGUUAUGUACGUUGGUAUAAUGUAAUUAAACUGCCAUUCUUCCCAUCUGUGUUUCCGACAGUUAAUCCACCUUAAUUUAAGUCCUCAGCAUUGAGUAGUUCGACUAUAGAAUUCUGUUGCUGUCACGGUACGAGUUCUUAUCUAUUUGUACAAACAUUGCUAUUUGUUAACAUUAUCG